AAGAGCGGUAGUUCGUGUCAAUAAGCAGCCGGCAUUUUUUUUUUUACGCCCAUUCCGUAGCCGUAAUGACCGUGGACAUUGGCAGCGCUGGCGGUGCAGCGACCAAGACUAGAGUAUUCCUGACCUGGGAGAAGCAGGAGCACCUGGUUAAAUUAGCUAUACUUAUCCUAGCGGCUGUUUUAUCGUUCGCAACGCGUCUAUUUUCGGUGCUGCGUUUUGAAAGUGUUAUCCAUGAAUUUGAUCCAUACUUUAACUAUCGCACAACGCGAUUUCUCGCCGAGCAAGGCUUUUACAAAUUCCACAACUGGUUCGAUGACCGCGCGUGGUAUCCACUGGGCCGCAUCAUUGGCGGCACCAUCUAUCCCGGACUGAUGGUGACAUCGGCUGCGCUCUACAGACUGAUGUGGCUGCUGAACAUAACCAUAGAUAUACGCAAUGUGUGCGUAUUUCUGGCGCCAUUCUUUUCCUCGCUCACCACGCUGGUCACCUAUGCGCUGACCAAGGAGAUUCAUAGCACUAGUGCAGGCCUGGUGGCUGCAGCGCUUAUCUCCAUUGUGCCAGGCUACAUAUCACGCUCCGUAGCAGGUUCAUAUGACAAUGAAGGCAUUGCUAUAUUCUGCAUGCUGCUCACCUACUAUCUGUGGAUCAAGGCUGUCAAGACGGGCACAAUAUUCUGGUCCGCCAUGUCGGCAUUGGCAUACUUUUAUAUGGUCUCCAGCUGGGGCGGAUAUGUAUUCCUAAUCAAUUUAAUACCACUGCAUGUGCUGGCGCUGAUGUGCACAGGACGCUUCUCACAUCGCAUAUACAUAGCCUAUAGCACAUUGUAUUGUGUGGGCACAAUACUCUCCAUGCAGAUAUCCUUUGUGGGUUUCCAGCCUAUCCAAAGCUCCGAGCAUAUGUUGGCUCUGGGUGUCUUUGGUCUUUGUCAAAUACACGCCUUUGUGGAUUACUUGCGCUCACGCAUGCCCAAGGAGCACUUUGAUGUGCUCUUCAAGACGCUGGUGUCUGGCAUUGUAAGCGUGGUGCUCAUAGUGGGCACAGUGCUAACAUUAACAGGCAAAGUUUCGCCCUGGACAGGACGUUUCUAUUCGUUAUUGGAUCCGUCGUAUGCCAAAAAUAAUAUACCCAUUAUAGCAUCUGUAUCGGAGCAUCAGCCCACAUCGUGGUCUUCAUUCUACUUUGAUUUGCAGAUACUUGUGUUUCUAUUUCCUGCUGGACUUUAUUUCUGCUUUGCACGCUUGACCGAUGCCAAUAUCUUUAUUAUACUCUAUGGCGUUACUAGCAUCUACUUUGCUGGCGUUAUGGUGCGUUUGAUGCUUGUGCUAGCUCCAGUUAUGUGCGUGCUAUCGGGCAUUGCCAUUUCACAUCUGCUGGCCAAGUAUAUCAAGAGUAUGGAUGCAGUGGGUGCAAAGCCAGCAGCGGAGCAAAGCAAGCGACAGCAUAAAAAGUUGGAACAACAGAGUGGCGGUGUUAAAAGUGAAGUUGCCAUGGGCUUUGUGGCUGUCAUUACAAUUAUGCUGAUAGUUUAUACGCUGCACUGCACCUGGGUGACAUCAGAGGCAUAUUCGUCGCCCAGCAUUGUGCUAAGUGCGCGUUCCCAUGAUGGCGGACGCAUUAUAUUUGAUGAUUUCCGCGAGGCAUACUAUUGGCUGCAAAUGAAUACGCCGGAGGAUGCACGCAUUAUGUCCUGGUGGGAUUAUGGCUAUCAGAUAACCGCCAUGGCGAAUCGCACUAUAUUGGUGGACAACAAUACUUGGAAUAAUACGCACAUAUCACGCGUGGGUCAGGCCAUGGCUUCGUCGGAGGAUAAAGCAUACGAAAUAAUGCGUGAACUCGAUGUGGACUAUGUGCUGGUCAUCUUUGGCGGCCUUACUGGUUACUCCUCGGAUGAUAUUAACAAGUUCCUUUGGAUGGUGCGCAUUGGCGGCAGCACAGAUCGUGGCGCGCACAUUAAAGAGAAGGACUACUAUGCCGCCAAUGGCGAGUUCCGUGUGGACAAGGAGGGCUCGCCCACGCUGCUCAAUUGUCUUAUGUAUAAAAUGUGCUACUAUCGCUUUGGCCAGAUGUAUACGGAGGGUGGCAAGGCGCAGGGCUACGAUCGUGUGCGUGCAGCCGAAAUUGGCAACAAGGACUUUGAGCUGGAUGUGCUGGAGGAGGCCUACACAACGGAGCAUUGGCUGGUGCGCAUUUAUAAAGUCAAGGAUUUGCCAAAUCGUGGCGUUUAAUCAUAAGCGCUAUCUCACUCGCACGCUCUCGACGUUCGCUCUUUCUCUCUUUCUAUCUAAUGCACAUUCUUAGGCUAAGCCAGCUUUUUAAUAUUUUUAGACAUUUCGUUAGCUUAGCUCUAAUUUUAGUAACAAGUGCAAGUGAAAUCUCGCAAUUUUAUUGUAUUAUUGUUAAACUACACGUAUUAAUCUCGCUAUCUCCCUCUGUCUGUUUCUCUCAAACGAAAUUAUGUCUACAUAAGCAUAAAAACUGAACUAUAAGCAAGCAAAAUGUAUAAAAAAAA